AUGAGGACUCACCAUUAUCUUCAACUAGUCAUCUGGACUUGCAUUCUCCAUACGGCUGAGAACAGUGCAUUACAAGGAAAGGAUAGCAGUCACUUCCUGAGAAGGGUAGUGAACCUGCACAAGAAUGAUGGUAAAAUGCUCCAUCGCACCAAGCGUGGCUGGAUGUGGAAUCAGUUCUUCCUGUUAGAAGAGUACACAGGCUCAGACACUCAGUAUGUAGGAAAGCUUCACACUGACCAAGAUAAAGGAGAUGGAAAUUUAAAAUACAUUUUGACAGGAGAUGGAGCAGGCAAUCUGUUCGUUAUAGAUGAAAAUACAGGAGAUAUCCAUGCUGCAAAGAAACUAGACAGAGAAGAAAAAUCUCUAUACAUUCUUCGUGCCAAGGCUAUAGACAGAAAGACCGGGCGACAAGUGGAGCCAGAAUCCGAGUUUAUUAUUAAAAUCCAUGAUAUCAAUGACAAUGAGCCUAAAUUCACAAAAGACCUGUACACAGCCAGUGUUCCGGAAAUGUCUGGAGUUGGUACGUCUGUUAUACAAGUAACUGCCACUGAUGCAGAUGAUGCUAACUAUGGGAACAGUGCCAAAGUGGUCUACAGCAUAGUGCAAGGCCAGCCAUACUUUUCAGUGGACCCGGAGUCAGGCAUAAUAAAAACUGCAUUGCCAGACAUGAGCAGAGAAAACCGAGAGCAGUACCAAGUUGUGAUUCAGGCUAAGGACAUGGGCGGCCAGAUGGGAGGCCUGUCGGGGACCACCACAGUGAACAUCACCCUGACAGAUGUCAACAACAACCCUCCUCGGUUUCCACAGAGCACUUAUCAAUUUAAUUCUCUGGAGUCUGCACCUCUUGGAACUCAUCUCGGAAGGAUAAAAGCCCAUGACCCCGACAUGGGGGAGAAUGCCGAACUGGAAUACAGCAUUUCAGAAGGAGAAGGAUCAGACAUGUUUGAUGUGAUCACUGACAAAGAUACACAGGAAGGAAUCAUAACUGUCAAGCAGAAUUUAGAUUUUGAAAAGAAAAUGUUGUACACUUUAAGAGUGGAUGCAAGUAAUACCCACCCUGAUCCUCGAUUCUUACACCUUGGACCUUUCAAAGACUCAGCCAUGGUUAAGAUAUCUGUGGAAGAUGUAGAUGAGCCCCCUGUGUUCAGUAAGCUCUCUUACCUGAUGGAAGUGGAUGAAGAUGUGAAGGAGGGGAGUAUCAUAGGACAAGUCACAGCAUAUGACCCAGAUUCCAUGAACAACAUAAUAAAAUACUCUGUGGACCGGCACACUGACAUGGACCGAGUUUUCAGUAUUCACCCAGAAAAUGGCUCUAUCUUCACUCUGAAGCCCCUGGAUCGGGAAUCAUCUCCUUGGCACAACAUUACCGUCACAGCCACAGAAAUAAAUAACCCAAAACAAAGUAGCCAAAUCCCUGUCUUCAUCAGAAUUCUUGACAUAAAUGAUCAUGCUCCGGAAUUUGCCAUGUACUAUGAAACAUUUGUUUGUGAAAAUGCAAAGUCUGGCCAGUUGAUUCAAACUAUAAGUGUCAUGGACAAAGACGAUCCUCCCAGAGGACACAAGUUCUUCUUUGAGCCAGUGCCAGAAUUUCCUCUAAACCCAAACUUCACGAUUGUAGACAAUAAAGAUAACACAGCAGGAAUUAUAACUCGAAAAGACGGGUACAGCCGCAACAAAAUGAACACCUACCUACUGCCGGUUUUAAUCUUCGACAAUGAUUACCCUAUUCAAAGCAGCACUGGCACGCUCACGAUCCGUGUGUGCGCGUGUGAUAACCAAGGGAACAUGCAGUCCUGCAACGCGGAGGCCCUGAUGCUCGCUGCAGGCCUGAGCACAGGGGCGCUCAUCGCGAUCCUCCUGUGUGUCAUCAUCCUGCUUACUCUAAUUGUGCUGUUUGCUGCAUUGAAGAGGCAACGGAAAAAGGAGCCUCUGAUCAUUUCAAAGGAUGACGUCCGGGACAAUAUUGUGACCUAUAACGACGAAGGUGGUGGAGAGGAAGACACACAGGCCUUUGACAUCGGCACAUUAAGGAACCCAGAAGCAAGAGAAGACAGUAAACUUAGAAGAGAUGUCAUGCCGGAAACAAUUUUUCAGAUAAGGAGGACUGUGCCCCUCUGGGAAAAUAUUGACGUACAAGAUUUUAUCCACCGGAGAUUGAAAGAAAACGACUCAGACCCAAGUGCGCCGCCUUACGACUCCCUGGCCACUUAUGCCUAUGAAGGGAAUGAUUCUGUAGCCAAUUCUCUCAGCUCCUUAGAAUCUCUCACAGCUGAUUGCAACCAGGAUUAUGAUUACCUUAGCGACUGGGGGCCUAGGUUCAAAAAACUCGCAGAAAUGUAUGGGGGUAACGACAGUGACCGGGACUGA